GCCUGUGUGGUGGGUGGUAGAGUUUAGCUCCCUGGAGGGGUUAGGAGGGACGUCCCAAGGAAGGGUCUUGGAGGAAAGAGUGGAGGGUGACAUCAGGAGAAAGCUCCCCCGAGCUGUCUCAGGGGAUCGAGGAUUUGGGGGGAACAGCUGGGGUUUCCAAUAGGUAGACCACUGUGCUGGCUGGGGAGGUAGUUGUUGGCACCAGGCCUUGGUAGGCAGGGGGCGAAGUCCUCGCAGAAGUAGGGGGAGGCUAGAGGAAGUAGCUGGGCCUGAACUUGGCGCUGUGCCUGACACAAGGACUGGUGUAUCUCCCCCCAGCCUUCAGCUUUGCCUUCUGAGGCCACUUCUUAGGGGCAGGCACCCCCACCUCCAGCUUUAGUGUUUGCUGACUCCAUGUACCUGUGGCCAGAAAGGGGAGACAAUCAGUGUCUGAGCCUAGGAGAACCCAAACGCUAGUGGUAGUUCAUUUUAGUUUCUGAGAGUUGCAUUUAUUUCCCUUGUAUCCACAUAGGGAUAGCACAGAACUCCUAUUACUUUAUCCUUCCAUCUUUGAAUUGUUGGUGGGGAGUCAGCCUGCCUUUUAGAUUGACUGCUGUCAAGGAAUUCCUAAGCUUUCUACAGUUCUGUGGUGGCUGCACCCUCACUGGCUCCUAUAACCUAGACAAUUUGCUUACAGAAAGUUCAGGAGCCCUGGAAAGGAGAAGGAAUAAGGCGACAGGAGGAAGAGAGAGAGAGGUACUGGGGAUUGAACUCAUGACCUCAUGCUUACCCAGAUGGGCACUAGAGCCACUGAGCUAAACCCUGGCCCAUGAAACUCAUUUUCUGUUCCUGUCUGGUCUCCAACACCUCCAGGCUCUGGCCGUGCCACCAGUAGAAUGGAAGAAUCUCACUUCAAUUCUAACCCAUACUUCUGGCCUUCUAUCCCCACAGUCUCAGGACAGAUCGAGAAUACAAUGUUCAUCAACAAGAUGAAGGAUCAGCUGUUGCCAGAGAAGGGAUGUGGGCUGGCCCCACCUCACUACCCCACCUUGCUAACAGUGCCUGCCUCAGUGUCUCUGCCCUCAGGCAUCAGCAUGGACACAGAGUCCAAGUCAGAGCAGCUCACCCCACACAGUCAGGCGUCUGUCACCCAGAAUAUCACGGUGGUCCCGGUGCCAUCGACAGGACUGAUGACUGCUGGAGUCUCCUGUUCUCAGAGGUGGAGAAGAGAAGGGAGUCAAUCAAGGGGUCCUGGUUUGGUAAUCACAUCCCCCUCAGGCUCUCUUGUGACCACAGCCUCAUCAGCUCAGAGCUUCCCCAUUUCGGCUCCCAUGAUUGUCUCAGCUCUUCCCCCUGGCUCACAAGCCCUGCAGGUGGUCCCGGAUCUCUCCAAGAAGGUAGCAUCUACCCUCACUGAAGAAGGAGGUGGAGGUGGAGGUGGAGGUGGAGGUGGCAGUGUGGCUCCUAAGCCCCCCCGGGGCCGCAAGAAGAAGCGAAUGCUGGAAUCAGGGCUUCCUGAGAUGAGUGACCCUUAUGUCCUCUCCCCUGAGGAUGACGAUGACCAUCAGAAAGACGGCAAGACAUACAGGAGCGAAGGGAACUGCGCCACAGGAAAUGGACAGAGCCUUGGGCUCAUGGAUUCAGUUCCCGGCUCCACCACGAACUUGCUGUGUGACCCUGGGUGCCGGAUGUGCUCCCUGACAUUCUACUCAAAGUCGGAGAUGCAGAUCCACUCCAAGUCACACACCGAGACCAAGCCCCACAAGUGCCCACACUGUUCCAAGACCUUCGCCAAUAGCUCCUACCUGGCCCAGCACAUCCGUAUCCACUCAGGGGCCAAGCCCUACAGUUGUAACUUCUGUGAGAAGUCCUUCCGCCAGCUCUCCCACCUUCAGCAGCACACUCGGAUCCACUCGAAGAUGCACACGGAGACCAUCAAGCCCCACAAGUGCCCGCACUGCUCCAAGACUUUCGCCAACACCUCUUACCUGGCCCAGCACCUCCGUAUCCACUCGGGGGCCAAGCCCUACAACUGUUCCUACUGCCAGAAGGCCUUCCGCCAGCUCUCCCACCUCCAGCAGCACACACGAAUCCACACCGGUGAUAGACCAUAUAAAUGUGCACACCCAGGCUGUGAAAAAGCCUUCACACAACUCUCCAAUCUGCAGUCCCACAGACGGCAGCACAACAAAGAUAAACCCUUCAAGUGCCACAACUGUCAUCGGGCGUACACAGAUGCAGCCUCACUGGAGGCGCACUUAUCUACGCAUACGGUGAAGCAUGCCAAGGUGUAUACAUGCACAAUCUGUAGUCGGGCGUACACAUCGGAAACGUACCUUAUGAAACACAUGCGCAAACACAACCCUCCUGAUCUACAGCAACAAGUGCAAGCGGCAGCGGCGGCGGCAGCAGUGGCCCAGGCCCAAGCCCAAGCCCAAGCUCAAGCCCAGGCUCAGGCUCAGGCCCAGGCCCAGGCCCAGGCUCAAGCCCAAGCCCAAGCCCAAGCCCAGGUCUCCCAGGCAUCGCAGCAGCAACAGCAGCCACAGCCACCCCACUUCCAGUCCCCUGGGGCAGCCCCCCAGGGUGGGGGCAGUGGGGAGAGCAACCCCAAUCCCCCACCCCAGUGCUCCUUUGACCUAACACCUUAUAAGACAGCAGAGCACCAUAAGGACAUCUGCCUCACUGUCACCACCAGCACCAUCCAGGUGGAACACCUGGCCAGCUCUUAGAGAUCCAUGCUGCCACUCACUGGGAGGAGGAGAAGGAAGUUUUGGUCCCUUCUUUUUCCAAUCUCUUGGCGGCCAAAGUCUUUUUCUUCCUGGACAAGCCUUGGCUCCAACUCCUUGGGCCUUGGGCACAGCUCUCCUUCACAGCAGACCAUCUUUCAUUUUCAACUCCUCUUCAAAAGGAACAUCAGCCUUCUGAUUGGCAAAGGAAUACCGAGCUGAUGUUAUCCAGCGGCCCCCUCUUGAGCAGAGCUUUUAAAAAUUGGGGGUUGGUGCUCACAGGAAGGAUUUGCUGUGACCUCACAGAAACUUGCCUGGUAUGGGCACUUAACCUCUCCGUUCCCUCCUCAUCCUGAGUUUGAGGUGAUACAAGACUAGAAGCUGGCUUCCCCAGAUAACAGAAGGGAGCCCUCCAUGCAACCCACCUCCUGUCCUGUGCUUGCCUUCAAAAGAACAGCGAUUUCUCUGUGCCCCAGCCUGACAGGCAUUCUCUUCUCUACAUGGUCUCACUCUACUUCCUACCAUUGGUAGGAGGAGAUUGAGGUGGGGAUCAGACCUCCUUUUAUUUAUAAAGGGGCAAGGGCUGAGAUGUGGUCUCCAAGGGGCCAGAGAUUUCCCAGAUGGUCAAGGGUGGCUUGGAAAUGUGGCUUGGAGCCUCUCCCCCCUUAUCUGCCCACAAGUAUCUGCACUCCUCUUCCUGUCCCAGCCCCCAAGGAGCAGUGGAGGCUCUGUGUUCUCCGUGAGACCUCAGGAUGAGGGUGUUUCGGAGAAGGGAGAAUUCAGGGCAAACACGAGGACUGGAUAUAGCUCCCAAGGUGCCACGGUCAGAUGCCGGACACGGAUUUAUAUAUAAAUAUAUAUAUAUAUAUAAAUAUAUAUAUAUACCCGCUCAUCACGGCCAUCUUUGUUGUAACCAUUUCUGUGUUUAUAAAUGCAUUAUCUCUGAGAAUUUUUAUAUUUGAUGUCUUAUUUUAUUUUAUUUUAUUUUAUUUUUUUAAAUUCACCCUGUCCUGACCACAGCAUUUUUUAUUUCCUUUUGCCUUUUUUUUUUAAUCAUAGAAGAUUUCAGAGAAAACAUAAAAGAAUCAGAAAACCAGUUGUUAUACAGCAAUUUAAAAAUGAAAAAAAAAUUAUGUACAAACCAAGGGGUGUUUUUAGAACAUUGUAUAGAAAUAAAUUCAUGUAAAAGGAUCAGA